GGGACGCUCUGUUUUCACCAUCGGGGGCACACCCUGCCUGCCCUAGAGCGGUGCAGCGUGACGAGAGGCUGAGAGAGACCAUGAUGGGCGGCUGCAGCCUGGCAGAGAGGGAGGGAUGGGAAUGCUGAAUCAGUGAAACUACAUAAAAGGUCCAGGAGAGGGUGAGCGAGUGGGUAAAUGGCAGGGAGAGAAAGGUAACAGGAGGGGGGUGGGUAGGUGGAGAAAGAUGAGCUGCAUGAUUCCUUUUCACUCAUUUCGUCAAUAACCUAUCGGGUUUACCACUAUUUCGGCCAUGUCUGUGUUUUCCAAAGAAACUUUAAGCUGAAGUUAAUCUCAGUGGUGACUUUUGUUUACUUCACAGUUAACAUCAGCCCUGAGAACCAAGAUGCAGGUAGAUGAGCCGGUGCGUUUGCCCAGGUUGUCCCGUGCCGCAGUUUGUGGCGGCACGCACGGCAACGAGCUCUCAGGAGUGUACUUGGUGCGAGAGAUGCUGAAGCCGGAGAACAGAAAGGAGGACGGGGGGCCCGCGUCGCUGCUGAUGCUGCUGUCCAACCCUCGGGCCGUGCAGCAGUGCACCAGAUACGUUGACACUGACCUGAACCGCUGCUUCACCCACGCAACCCUCAAUGGCCCCGCAUCAGAGGGGGCCCCCUAUGAGAUCUUCCGGGCCCGUGAACUGAACAACCUGCUGGGUCCCAAAGGCAGCCGGGCGGCAGUGGAUCUCAUCUGUGACCUCCACAACACCACCGCCAACAUGGGCCUGUGCUUCAUCGCUUAUUCUGACUGUGACUGGGUCUGUCUUCACAUAUUCAGACACUUGCAGAAGCAGAUGCCGGAUACGCCAAUGAGAUUCAUCCAUUUUGACGUCUCCACUAAAGAGUCAUAUUCUCUCGACUCCAUUGGAAAACACGGCUUUGCCAUGGAGAUUGGUCCUCAGCCUCAUGGGUGUAUCAAGUCAAACAUUUACACAGCAAUGAGAGAAGGUGUGCAGCACAUGCGGGAUUGGGUCAGCUGUUUUAACUCAGGUCCAUUUUCAUGUUUGGUUUCACUUUACUCAGGUUUUAAAACCUCAAAGUGCUUUCUCUCACAGGACCGAGACUUUUGCCUGCUCCGCCCCGGAGAGCCCCUCUUCCAGACGUUCUCAGGAGAAACAGUGAAAUACCAGGGCGCCGAAGCGCUCUACGCUUUCUUCAUCAAUGAAUGCGCUUAUUACAAGAAAGGCAUCGCGCUGUCUCUGGCCAGGAAGAGACGUGUGAGCGUCCCUUCUAUCCGUGUGCAAACGGACGAGGAAGAACGAGCGAGCGAGCAGAGUUUUGCAUCAGAGGAAGAGGAGUGAAGACUUUUUAUUUAUUUAUUUGUUUUUAUUGAAAUGACAACACGUACAAGCCUUGCAUAUGCGCACACAUAUUUACAAAAAGUUUCACUUUAGGUUCACAAACAUGUUUCAACAAAUCAUUCAGGGAUAGAAGAGCCGUUUGUGUUUGAUGCUUGGAUGAGUAAAAUACAAUCCAACUCAGCAGAACUUUUAUCAAAUCAUUCGGAAAUGUCAUGAAACUUUGGAAAACGAUGCUCAUCUGUUACCAUCCAGCAAGUGUGUCUAUUUCCUCCAGAUUUAUUUAUAUUUAUCUAUCGAUGUAAAAUUACAUGAAUAUUCAGGAUAUGAUUAGAGCAGAGGUUCUUAACCUGGGUUCGGUC